UUGGACUGCUCAGUCAGGCUGGGCAUACAACUACAAGACUAAUGACUGAAGAGAGCUGGCUGGGGAGAAAGACAGAUAGAGACAGGGAGAGAGAAACAUAAAGAGAAAGACUGCCUUCCAUUGGCCUACAAGACCACAGAGCUGGACUAGGUAAAAUAAAGUUAGAACGAGAGAGUGGCGGGAGACAGACAGAGGCAGGGAGCGAGAGAGAAACAUAAAGAGAAAGAGAGAAGACUUAAUUUUCCAUUGUCCUCUUCUGGACUUGAGAAGAGUGACCGAAAGAGAAGAAAAGGAGAAAGGGAUUUUCCUGUGAGUUGGACACGUUCUGAGACCUAUUGUAGGCUGGUACCUGGUUGUGGGGUGGACAUGGGCCAGUUUCUGACGGGUCUAGGACUACUGCUCUGCUGUUCCCUCUCCUCCCCUCAGAGACUGGCUCCCUCAGGGAGAAACGUCUGCCAGGACCCCAGGAAUCCUUCCACUCUUGUCUGUUGCACUGGAUGGAGACAUCAGAGAGAGGAGUGUACUUUACCUGUGUGUGAUGGUGAGCAGGCCUGCCAGCAGGAUGAGGUGUGUGUAUACCCGGGCGUCUGUCGCUGUCGGCCUGGCUACUAUGGAGCCCACUGCAAGACACGCUGCCCUCCAGAGUUCUGGGCCCCGGACUGCCGUGAGCUGUGCAAGUGCCACCCUCACGGGCGCUGUGACCCGAUCACGGGCAAGUGUACGUGCCUUUCCAACCGCUGGGGGCCACUCUGCCAGAACACCUGCAAAUGUGGCCGUCAUGGACACUGCCACCCUGUACACGGCAACUGCACCUGCGACGAGGGCUGGUGGACACCCACCUGUGCCAAACAGUGCCAGUGCUACCCAGGCACCUCCACCUGCGACCCACUGACCGGCAGGUGUCAGUGUGCCCCGGGUUACUGGGGUCAGAAGUGCAGUCUUCGAUGUAGCUGCUACACAUCAUCCUGCCAACAGAAGACGGGGGCGUGUGAGUGCCAGAACGGAUGGUGGGGUCCGACGUGUGACCGCCACUGUAACUGUGACCUGGAGCACAGCGAGUGUAAUGCCGUCAGCGGGGAGUGUGUAUGUCAGCCUGGGUACAAGGGAGCCUUCUGUAACGAGCCGUGUGGACCUGGGGAGUAUGGCAGCGGGUGUACACUGAGCUGUGGCCACUGUGAAGGAGGCCAGUCGUGCUCUGUGGUUGAUGGUGUCUGUACGGCCUGUGAGCCUGGGUGGAAUGGCACACACUGUGACCGGCUGUGCCCGCAUGGUUACCAUGGAAACUACUGCCAGGAGGCGUGCCCACGCUGCAGGAACGGUGAACCAUGUGACCCCAGGACGGGGGCGUGUUCACGAUGUGACCCAGGAUGGACCGAACCCAGGUGUGACGAGCCAUGCUCUAACAGGACAUUCGGGGACGCCUGCCGCUCCCUGUGCAGCCCCUGUUUCCAUGGCCACUGUGAUCACGUGACAGGAAGUUGUGUCUGUGGGCCUGGGUUCCAGGGACGGAGUUGUAACAUCACCUGUCCAGACCAGCUGUAUGGCUUUAACUGUUCCUCUGUCUGUGACUGUGGAGAGGGAACCGCCUGUCACCCAGCAACGGGGGCGUGUCCAUACAGUGGUCACAGGGCUCUGAUCACUGGUUUCCUGGUCCCUCUGCUCUUGGUGCUGCUGGGUCUGGUCUGCUGCUGCUGCUGCUGUGGAGGACCUACUGACGGCAAAGACAGGGUAGCAGUGGGUGACGGUGGUACCUCUGUCCGUAUGAAGCAUCAUGUGUAUAACGUCCUGGCCAACGUGAGCUCUGCUGUACCCUGUAUCUCUGUCUGGUCCUCUGGGCUACCCAGAGUCACAGUGUCACACCACGACCCUGAGCUGACGUUCAACCACAGCUUCAUAGAGCCUCCCUCCUCAGGCUGGGUGACGGAGGGAUCCUUCUUCGACAGUGAUGAGGAGACCGGAGAGGUGCUCUACUGUGUCCCCCCCAGAGAAGACAUCCCUGCAGUUGCAGGCGGUGAGUUCCAGGAGUUCCAGCACGAGAUGAGUUCUAAGUGUAAUAUGUUCCCCGACCCCUCUGCCUUCAGUAUUAGUGCAGAAGACAUGUCCCUCCCCUUUGGCAUCCCCCGCACCUCCAGCAACGCCAAGUCCAAAUGCCCCUCCGUCUCCUUCGCCGAAGGCACCAGGUUCAGUCCCAAGGAGCGCCGAGGCUCUGCCCAAGAUUUGACACCCGGGGCCCCCCGCACCAAACACAAGUCCCCCUGGGGGGUCCUGAUGCUGUCAGCCCUCCAGGCCCAGGGAGGGAAUGCCUCAGAGGGAGAAGAGACGGAGGGGGGGGUGGAUGGAUGUGGAGGUGGGACUGGACCAUUGGAAGACCCAGAAUCCAGUGGUGAAGCAGGGGACCCCGAUGUGGACAGGUGGACAGCUACCCCGACCCGAGCCAUGUCUACCCUGCAGGUGCCUGGAGCAGUGGUAGGACGCACCAUAUCCAACGCUGCUGUUCCCAGAAAGGGAGGGCAAACACCAGGGUCCACAUCAGAUGGCCAGCAGGCAGAGAUGGACAAAGUGACCACAGUGUAUGUGACAGUGGGGAAGGCGGGGGUGGGGAGGCCCCUGUCUAAACUAGAGCUCCCCAGCUUGGAGGGCCCGGUACAGGCCAUGCUACGCAGGCUAGGCAGCCUCCAGAGACACAAAGACCAGGAGGUGGGAACUAAGCCCAAGGGGAAGAGCCCGGGGACGGAGGGGAUCACCAAGCCCCCCAGGAGGAAGCUGGGGACUAGGUCCAGUGUGUGGGAGCAGGGGGCUCCCCCACCCUCAGGGGUGGAGGGUGCUGUAGGGGAAGGCGUAUCUAUGAGAAAACCCAGUAGGAGGAAACAGCACGCCCACCAUAGCUCCCCUGCUGUCAUGGGAAACACUGACACUAACACUCAACCCCUACCAGAGGACAGCCCUGCCACCGUUACGCCCACGAGGCCCCUGUCCUCCAUUUUGAAAAGCGUGCCAGAGGUCGCUGGGUCAAAGGUUAGGGGUGAAAGGUCAGGGGUAAGGCGAGAGAACGGCGACCCUGGGAUGCAGACUGAUAGUGGAUAUCGAACAAUCGGGCCAGCUGGAUUUGUAACGGACACUGUUAGUCUGAGUGAAGUCAUCACAAAUGAAGGAGUGGUGGCUGGUGUGGACGAUGGACCUAACCUUUAUGAGAACGUGAUGAUUAUGCAUUCCUAAUUUCAGAUGCAAUAACUGUGGUGCUCUGUCUCUUCUCACAAUUGAGUAUGUAGUUCGACUACUAAUGAAUGAGGAAUUUGGAAACUAGCCUACUGUACUGAGUUAACAGUCGAGUCUGACAUAAACUAGCAAUCUUUACAAUAUUGAGUAAACAAUUUUAUGAAUUACAAUAUGUAUAUGAUGGUUCUGUACAAUAUGUACUGUAUGUAUGUAUAUUAUACAACAAUAUGAUCAUGUUGAAAUCACCUUACCAAAAAGUAAUUGACACUAACUGCCAUGUGUGAAACAACUAUGCAAAUGAAAACCAAAAAAUGCUCCUUGUUUACUUUGAUUUGUCUGUCAUCACUGGGAUAGCAUUGCUCUGUGGUGCAGCACCAACCCUUCCCAAACCAUCACCUGUCUGUGAUAUGUAUUAUUCACUGGAACACUGAGGCUGUGUCCCUAACCCUAACCCUAACCCUAUUCCUUUUAUAGUGGCCAUGGUCAAAAGUAGUGCACUAUUAAGGAAACAGGGUGCCAUUUGGGAUGCACACUGAGUGAAACAAAAGAAGUGAUGAAACCUGCCAUGCAUCUGAUGUAUUGUGGUGUCUGUCAGCUGCAUUCCCAAUAUUGUAGGGUUGAGAGCAUUUUGGUUGUAUUGGGAUUUACAUAUAAAAGAAAAUAAGCCACCAUAGACAUAUCUGUAGAGACUAUAUUCAUCUCUAUGGUGACCACUCCCCUUCUGCUUGUACAGGAUUUAAGGAGGGGUUGACAGACAGGGUUAGAAUGGACGAUUGAUGACUUGAUCUUCUUUAAUCUAAUUUCUGAAUGUUUUUUAAAAAUCAGCAGUGAGUCAACAAGUCCGGGCCGUGUACGCUGUGGAAUUGAGUUGUAAUGUAAAAGAAUGCGGCGUCUCAUUGGAACAGAUAUCCCCAGGCUACCUGGCAUAGUCUACUAUCAGGCUAGCAUAGUCUGUGUACUAUCUGUAGGUUUUGCCAAGCCUGUGUCCUCUUGAUCACUGUUAAGCUUGCCUCCCACAUAGCAUGUCCUUCUAUGCAGCCAAAAACAGUUUCAUCAUAUUCCACUGAAAGCGCUAGUCAGGAAAUGGAGACCUGGUGGCCCAGAGUUGUGUUUGUUGAUGUCUUUGUAGCCUGUCAUUCACUAGGUGUUAGUAGUGUUUCUGUAUCACACUGUCAGUCCCACCUUUAAAGACCCCUCUUGUAAACUGGGUCAGAUAUUAGAGAGGAGAGAUAACCCACAUGUAAAAUUAUUACAGUUUACAAUAGAAUUCAGUAGUAUACUGUAGAAUACUAUACUAGACACUGUGAAAGCCUCCACUUCUAUGUCAAAGAUAUUAAAACAAAAACACCAUAGUAAAUACAACAAUAAUGUCCGCAAAAACACUACAGUAAAUACUACCGUAUACUACAAUACGCAAAAAUACUACAUUAAUUACUAUAGUAUAUACUACAGUUUUCUUUCACUGCAGUAUUUAUACUAUAGUUAACUGUAAAUACUACAGUAAUUACUAUAGUAUUCACUGUAGUGUUUUUGUGGACUUCAGAUUGCACACCAACCAACCUGCUGAACUUUGCCCCAAAUCAUGGGGAACAGAGGGGGUGGGGAACAGAGAUGGGUGGGCCUUCAUUGAUCUCCAAUAAGGGGAGCUACAGCGCAAAUACUACAAGUCCACUUUGACUGAAUUGAGGCUUGGAUUAAUUUCAAUACCCCCAAUAACACGUGGGUACCCUUUACAGCUAGAAAAUGUUUAAUUAUAAAAGUAUUACACGCAAGUAUUCCAGG